UCCUAUCACUAUGCCCUAAAAACAAAACCCUUUACACUUCAAUUUUUCUUCUCCUCUACAUACGCCGCAUUCUUUGCUUUUUAUUUUACUCCUACUCUGUUUAUUGAGAGUAAAAUACACCGCAAAGAGUGCGUUCUUCAUCUCUAAUCUUCAAUCAGAUCGAUCUCUGCGGCACCUACUAAAGACCCAGUUUUAAUCUGUAUUUACUCUUUCAUUUCUGUUUUAAAUCAUUCAAUCAAAGGUAGUGGGGAUUGCCCCCUUGAAAGUUCUUGUGUUCUUGAAGGCUUCUUUAAUGGCUGAUUGCCUGCUAUCUAGUUUAUUAUGUGCUGAAGAUAAUGAUAGUUUAUGUUAUGAGUAUGAUGAUAAUCACAAGAAUGUGGAUGAUAAAUUUUGGGGCCAUGGGAAUCAUCUAAAUAUUAAUCAAAAUCAGCCCUCAAUUAAGAAUCAUGAUGCAGAGGACUCUGUUCUUGAUUUUCCUUUGCAAAGUGACGAGUGUUUGUCUGUGUUGUAUAAAAAAGAAAGUGAACAGUUUGUGGGUUUGGAUUAUUUGAUGAAAUUAAGAAAUGGGAAUUUGGAUUUCGUUGCGAGACAACAGGCGGUUGAUUGGAUUAAAAAGGUUCAUGCUCAUUUCAACUUUGGACCCUUGUGUGCAUAUUUAUCGAUCAACUACUUGGACAGAUUUCUUGCUGUCUAUGAAUUCCCUAAAGACAAAGCUUGGAUGAUGCAAUUACUUUCAGUAGCCUGUUUAUCACUUGCUUCCAAAAUGGAAGAGACUGAAGUGCCCCUCAUUCUUGAUUUACAGGUUUGUGAAUCAAGAUUUGUAUUUGAAGCAAAAACCAUUCAGAAAAUGGAGCUUCUUGUGUUGACUACACUGAAAUGGAGGAUGCAAACAGUGACUCCAUUUUCUUUCGUUGAUGCUUUCAUCGGGAAACUCGAUUGUGAUCAACCCAUUUCAAGAUCUUUAAUUUCAAGAUCAACUCAACUUAUAUUAUGCUUCACUAAUGGAAUUGACUUCUUGGAAUUUAAACCUUCUGAGAUAGCAGCAGGAGUGGCAGUUGCUGUGGUUGGACAAACUCAAAUUUCUGCCCUCUUUCAACAUGUACAAAAGGAGAGGAUUCUUAAAUGUGUGGAAUUGGUUAAUGAGUUAAGCGGUGGUUGUACCAAGAGCAUAAAGAGUGGUACAGUGCCACGAAGUCCCAUUGGUGUUCUUGAAGCUUCAUCAUGUUUGAGUUACAAUAAGAGCGAUGAUUCAGGAAUCGAAUCAACCACUAGUAAAAGGAGGAAGCUCAACGAUAGAACGCCUUCUCAUUUGGAACUUUAGAUUGUUUUUUUAAUUAUCUAUAAAUAAUAUGCUUGAAUUUGUUUAUUUAUUUUUAAUUUUUGGUAGGAUGAGUGUUUGAUGUGCUUAUGAUAAGAGAAAAAAAAUGUCAUGGGCUUUUAAGUUUUUUAAGAAAAGAGAAAAUGUACAUUUAGUUUUUAAUGUUUUUUAAUAGAAGCAAUUUGUUGUAGUUUUUUA